AUGGUGGCUAUCUCCGGGCUGGUCCAGGUGAUGGGGACGAGAUCCAGACUUUUCCGGACGAUCCCUUCCACCCUCCAAGAUCCUCAAGCCUCAUUUCCUGAGAAAACAGCUCCCCAUCCCUCAACAACAGCACAAGCAAGGUCUCCAAGCUUGCACACCAGCACAAUUUGCAUCAACAUCCAUUAUCUAUGGCCUGGGUUAUUCUACGUGCCCUCAAGUCCACUUGUUGAUACCUUGCAGAUCCGCAAGUCCGAGCCUCACCACUCCUUUCCCACCCUGACAGCCAUGUCCUCCUACUCCGUUGGCUCACCCACCAAAUCCUCCGCCCUGAAACUGCUCCCUUCCAAAGCCCUACUCUUCUCGCUUCUUGAUAACGCCACUCCAAUCGCCUCCCAACCAUGCUCCUUAGUCCAUGAUGUAAUUGCCCGGAAAACCAUUAACCCGCGCUCAUACUCUGCCAUCACCGGACAUCGCAACUUGGACUUGUCCGUCAUCCACUCCUCCGAUGAAGUCUCUGAGCCCGGGAAUCCCAAGCUCUUCGCGGAAGUAUUGGCCGCACGAGGUGUUGUUGAGGGCAUGAGGGAGAGGCUCCGGUGCUUACGGUAUCGUCAAACAUUCCCAGGAGAAGGGCGCAGACGGAUAGCCAGUCGGCUCGCCGCUGGUGAUCAAGACUCGGACUGCUAUUGUCUGGUCAUACUCCAAUUUGGAGACAACAAAGAUCUAUUCGAACACAUUGAGCUGGCCCCCAAUGGCCUGCUGACCGCCGAGGUGCGCAGGAUCUUUCGCCAGAUUGUCGACGGCGUCGCCUUCUUGCACGAACGGAACAUCGUCCAUCGGGAUCUAAGACAAGAAUGUCAUCCUCGACCGGGAUGGUAUUUCCCAACUGGUUUAUUUUAG